CCCUUAUUAAAAAGCCUGAAUGCUGCAUUUCUCCCCUACGAUUAAAAAUGAUUGGGCUGAGAACCUGCUAUUUUUAAUUAGUGCUCAGCCUGACUUUGGAAAACCAGACCCUGACAAAUACUUGGAAUAAGCAGAGAAUAUCAACUCUCACACUGCAUUACCCAGAAAUUCAGAAGGUUUGAGGCCUGGAGGGUAGCUCCGAGUCCAGAGCUUCUUCUGGACAGCAUCACGGCUCCCAUUUAUGGACCAGAAGACAUCACAUUUCCGUCUGGCUGGAGCCUGGGUGGGCCUGAUCUUCCUGCAGAGUGCCUGUCACUUUGUAUUAGCUGAUCCGCCAGACCUGCUUCCUCAUGGAGCUGCAUGGACCCUACCGGAAGACGCCACUCAGGAGCAGGGCUACUACUUGCAGCAACUCUUUGGGCAGUAUGGGGAGAACGGCACACUAUCCUUUGAGGGCCUGACACGUCUCCUGCUGAGCCUGGGGCUGGGGAAGGUUCAAGUGGUGGAGAUUGAGCAUGAGGAGUUGGGCCAUGGCCAUGUCUCCCACCUGGACAUCCUGGAGGUCCAAGAGAAUAAGCACCUGCACUCCCACUCUGCCUUGGAGCACCUCAGCAAGACAGAGCACAGAACCAAGGUGCAAGCAGAGAAUGUUAACCCUACCAGGCCAGGAAUCCCUCAGCUGGGCUAUGCUACCCUGAUCCCACCUGUAUCUCCUACACUCCAUGGGAGACAUGUCACUAAGCCAAGCUUUGGGCAAGCAGCAGAACAGUCUGGGAAGAACAAAGACACUUUCAAGCCUUCCCAAGGAUAUUCUGGACUAAAUCUUUUGGAGAGUGUGAUUGCAUUAGAUCACUCUAUCUACAAUCACCUGCACGAGGAUUGUCUCAAUGUAUCUCAGCUGCUAGUCAACUUUGGGCUGAACUCCGUCUCCAAGAUCACGCCAGAGCAGUUCACCCUGCUGUGCCCAGCUUUGCUCUAUCAGAUUGACAGCCGUGUUUGCAUCCAACACUAUGAUGAAGUGGCCUUUGGCAUGCCAGGCAGCAAUCUCUGGGCUGGCCUGGGCUGGGGAUUUCUGGCUAUCACCUUGACCAGUUUGCCCUCAGCACUGGCCAUUGUCCUUGUCCCUCUCCUCAACCAUGAGCUUUUCCACUUCCUCCUGGCUUUUCUGGUGGCAAUGGCGGUGGGGACGCUGUGUGGAGACGCACUGCUGCAUCUCUGGCCACACGCACAGGCCAGAGGCCAUGGACUCCUGUCACCGAAACACCAUCCCACCCCGACAGCAGAGGAUGCUGUACUGAAGGGCCUGUGCGUGUUUGGAGGCAUUUAUUUCCUGUUCCUUACUGAAAAUCUUAUGGGGACCCUGAAGCAUCUCUGGGCAAAGAGGAAGGCCACCAAACAUCCUGACCAGGCUACUGCUAGGAUGGAUGAGAGAAGUGUGGUCAGUUUAAGGACAUCUCCAGGUGCUGAAUCUCAAAGUCUUACGGUGCCAGAAGAAGAAGUUGGGAAUCUCUAUGUUGAAGCUCAGGACUGCUCCAUCCAGAUUCGCAGCUCAGAGGAUGAUGAGGAAAACUCAGAGAGGCAAGCAGAACAGCUACAUCCCCAUGGCCAUUCGCACAGUCCAGCAGAUGCCCAAAAUGCUGGAAUAGCAGACAUAGCUUGGAUGGUUAUUUUGGGAGAUGGGAUACACAAUUUCACUGAUGGACUGGCCAUAGGAGCUGCCUUCUCAGAUGGAAUCUCUAGCGGUUUAAGUACAACGGUGGCCGUAUUCUGUCAUGAGCUGCCCCAUGAGCUUGGAGAUUGUGCUGUCCUACUACAGGCUGGCAUGCCACUCCGACGGGUCCUGCUCUUUAACCUGCUUUCUGCUUUCCUGGCUUACUGGGGCACAGUGAUGGGGACAAUAAUCAGCCGGAGCAGUUCCCAAGUCACCCCCUGGGUCUUUGCCAUCACAGCUGGCAUCUUUCUCUAUGUGGCGCUGGUGGAUAUGCUGCCUGAAAUGCUGCAAAGGAGUUCUCCCAAGGGCAGAAAGGUCUCCAUCCUACAUUUUCUUCUCCAGAACCUGGGCUUCCUUAGUGGAGGAGCCCUCAUGCUCUGCAUUGCUCUCUUUGAAGAGCACAUCAGUUUCCGUCUGGAUGGGUAGUGCUGUUCUUCAACAAGAAAACCCGCCCAGAAGACAGAAUGAAGCCGUGCCCCAUUUCAGCAGUGACUGCUCCUUUCUUUACCUAAGGUCUAGAAAUAACAACAGAAUUGUAUCACAUUCUUGUUCAAGGGAGCUGUGGGGAAAAUUCAAUUAAGGGAACCAGAAGCAACAGAAACCCACUAUUCCUGUGAAACUCCAUCUUUUUGUGUAUAUUUUGGCAGCAGAAAUGUCCCCACCACCACCGUCCAAAAUCAAAUUGCUAAAAAUGACAAAAUGAUAUGUAUUUUAUAAAGGGUGGAGGGAGAACAACCUCGCAGGAGGCAGCUCCAUGACUCCUCAGAAUGGAAGGAGUAGGGGUUAUUUAAGGAACUGCAGUAAUCUUAUCACAGCAGUGGAAAAGUCCUAGUGACACUUCAGCUAAAGGAUGCUUCCAACAGGAAAUAUUAUUCAGGGUUGGGGCACAAGGACAGAAGGCAAAGUGUGCAAAAACAGCCCCAGGUGCAGUUGACACAUGGCCAACUUGUGCAAGUUCUUGCCAUUGUGUGAAGAGGCAUUAAAGAGACUGCAGCAAAUCAACAUUUCAGACAUGAUAGCGAGUAGAAGAGCUGACCCACGUGAAGCCUUCUCAGUGCCAACUUUUCUCCUCUUAAAUCAUACUGCCAGAUAGGAUGCAUGAAAAAAUGUGUAUGGCAGGGCAUCAGAAGUGGAUUUGCACUCACAGGAGAUUCAGAACAUAAAGAGGAAAUAUCAAAGGCACCAAGGGCCACUUUAACCUCUCCAUCAAAAGAUUUUGAAAAAGCCCUGACUGCACAAGGAAUUGCUCCAGACCUAAAUGGAAGCGGCAUACAGUCCAAUGUUGUACCCCCAGUAUUACUGCUCAUGGCCUUUUCCUCAAAAGUUCUUGCAUAAUAAAAACUCCCUUCGCUGACCAUA